UAACCGGAAAUGGAAGCUUUCAGUUCCUGUUCCUACACAAUAAAAAGUAGGAGGGAGGGUGCAAGAGAAAUAAUGUAAACACAUCAGUCCAAGACACCAAGACCAAACAAUAAUGGCACAGUUAGAUAUAGCUUGUGUGAAGGCGAACUUAUUUUCCUGAGCAGCUAAGGCUCACAGUUUGCAGGAAAUAUAGCGACAAAGAAGGCUAGGGGAAUUGGACAAGAAUGGAGCACAGUACUGCUCAUGAUCAAAAUGUAGAGCCAGACGCCGAUAAAUUCCCCGCGACAGGCGCGUCUUCUUCUGUCGUGGAGGAUCCUCCUAACGAUGUCGAAUCUUCCGGCGAUGACUUUAACUUUAGAAAAAAUGAUAAUGACGACAAUGAAGAAGCUAUGGAGAGAAAACGACGAGAUGUAUCGCAACAUCCGGGAGAAAGCUCAUCAAAUGGAACGAAUUUGGGGCUGCCAAGAAUGAAGCUUGAUAUCGCAGAUUUGAUUAGAACUGACAUUUAUUGCUGUGAUUUAUUGUGGUGUCUUUUUGUUUCAGCUGCUAGAAGUUAUAGGUUCAGUUCAGUUUUACGACCAUUCCCACCAAUGUACCAAGAGGGUGAUAACAAAAACAUGUUUGCAUUGAAAAAUGUGAUAUCUUCUGUGCCCCAAUUUUCUACAACGCCUCAGUUCUUGCAAGACUUACCGAAUGAGUGUCAGACGUUGCUGUCAUGGCUGUUCAAUGUUGGCCAUUUUAAAUUACAGCUCAGAGAAAAGGAUAGUGCUUUCAAAGCUGUCAAAGAAAUGACAGGGCAGAUAAUGGACACCACAGAGCCGAACUAUGUGUUUGAAGUCGUACAUACUGAUGAAAUGGAUAGAAAGUUUGAGAACUUGAGAAAUGGAAGGAAAUGUUUUUUCGCUUAUCAUGGAAGCAGGUUCGACAACUUUUACUCAAUUCUUCUUAAUGGCCUGAACACUCAUUUGAACAAGGUAUCUGUAUUCGGAGAGGGAACCUACUUGUCUAGUGAACUUUCAGUCUCACUGAUGUACAGCCCAGCAGCAGAAUCUUCAAGGCACAGUCUUCUGGGUUCUAAGCUGGCAUGUGUAGCUGUUUGUCAAAUGAUAGAUGACCCAAGUGUGAAAUGUCAGGUUAAAGAAGGAAGUGUAUCGAAACAAAAAGUACGGGCCCAAGCCUCCAAAGUUACUGACCUUGUUCCAGAAAAAUACUAUGUGGUGCAAAGGAAUGAUGUGUUGCGUGUGAAAUACCUACUUUUGUACAAGGAAGAAAGCAGUCAAAUUCAAACAACAGCAAAUACCUCCUCAUCAUGGAUACGAGAUAACAAGUUUACUUUGCUCAUGGUUGCGUAUGUUUUGUUGCUGGUUGCUAUUGGAAUUGCUAAUUCCCGCCAUGCCAUGAUCUACCUGAAUAAAUUCUGGAAAAAUGUAAAGUUGUCAUAAAUGCCUGUCCAGGAUAAUUGCUAGUAGUAGUGGCUCGUUGGUCUGUCCUGAAUACUUGAAGAGUUUUGUUACAAUUGCCUCUGCUUCGUUUUCAUGACAAUAUUUUGUGUUUGAAAUCAACUGAUGUUUAAGUGUUUAGAACGCUUUGAGAAAAGUGGAUUAUACUGCUUGUGGGCAGGAGAUACUUUGGAAAUUGAAACUGUAUUUCAUUAUAUAAAGAGUUUAUUGUCAAAUUUGAUCAAAGGGGAUAUUUUUGUAUUUUGCUGCCGGAAUAUGAGACUCUCUAGCACAGCCCACAUUCAUCUUCAUGAUUGAAUGAGUUACUCUUAUGUGGUCUUUUUCAACUAACGAUGCAAUUGUUUGAAAAGUAAUCAAACAAAACAAGUAUUGGAAUGAAAGAUUACCCUCCUUUCUUUUAUUAGUUUUAUCAAAUCAUGUUCCUUAGACUGUAAGUUAGAAUGUUUUUGUACUCUGAAAUUUCAUUUGUUUAAAUCUAUGGGAACAAACAAAUUUUCCCAUUGUUUGGGUCAACAGAUUGAAAGACUCUGGAGUAGGAAAACCUUGUGUAUGAGCAUUAUCAUAUAAACUAAAUUUACGCGUUGCAUAUGUAGGUAUAGAGAUGUAAAAUCUCAAUAACCCUCUAAUCUAAUCUUCAUUUUUUUCGCUCUUGUGUAUUCUCUUGUUUUAUGUGAAGUCUGUCUUUCAUCUUGGUUUUAUUACCAUGGCAACUAUUUAUUUAUCUAUUUUAAUAUAGGUGUUUUUAAUACCCCAUCUACUCGAUUAAGAUUAUUUAGGAGGCGGCCUUCCGACCUUGUCUGUCAGGGCCAACCAAGGCUGAAAGGGAUACACUGUCCCCACAGAAAAACAGAGAUCAUACUCAAUAAAAAAUCUCCGCACCGGGGAAUUGAAUUUGGAUCUCCUGUGUGCAUCAGUGAAGCACCUAACUGCUACACUAAAGAUGCUGGUAUGGCAACUAUUUGACAGGUUCUAGGUCAGAAUAAAUAAUUACAUCAAUAGUGUUGAUGCCUUGAACAAAAUGACAGUAAAUAAGAGACAUUUUUUGAACACAUGAAAAA